AUGACGAGCAGCAAGACAGAACGGGCGGCUGAGUUCCCUCACGACCUUCACCCAGCCGUGAAGCUUGUACCAGCAUCUGAACGCAGCGCGCUGCCGUUCUUGAAGGCGACGCACGCAAGACUCGUCGAUACUAGGACACCAGGGAAAGAAAAUCAGCAUUAUAAGUGGCGCGCGAGGGAUCAUCGCAAAGGGAGGCACCAGCAAUACGCACCUAAGAGCUCGAAACCUGAUAGGAGGAGAAUGGGAUGGAGGAAGCUCGGUAGGAUGCUGGUCCUGGAAUACUGGAAUAUCAGCUGGUGGAUAGCAGUUGUGCAACGUCAGCUCUUCACCCUCGGAAGCGUCGUGUGGUGUGUGAACGGCUUCGUCGUCUACCUACCCUACCUCUACACCACGAUCGAACCUAACCCUGUAUCCGGGGGAUGGACCGCCUGGGUAGGCGCGACAAUAUUCACCAUGGCGUCAGUCUUACUGAUAUGGGAAGCGUGGAACAGGUCUAACACAGUGUACUUCGGCUGGGGGAUCGAACGACUGCUGCAACACCACCCGCUGCAUGUCGAGAAUACCGGAACGUAUAACGACUGCGCUGAACUAGAGCAAGGCAGCAGAGACGGAUCGUCCACGACGCUGCCAGCCCCUCCGGGGCAGAGGAAGUGGAUAUGGUGGACGACUGACUCGAAAUACUGGCGCGAACUGGGGUUUCUCGCGGGCUUUGCGCAGCUGUGCGCCGCGACCAUCUUCUGGAUCAGCGGAUUCACAGCGCUACCCGAGAUCCAGGACGCGAUAGUUGUCGGCGGCAGCGGCUUUAUUAUCAGCUCCGUGCUUUACAUGUUAGAAACGCAGACCAGGUGGUAUCGCCCCAACGUCAGUGACCUGGGCUGGCAAAUCGGAUGCGCAAUGGGCUUCACGCUCUGCGGCAUCUUCGGGUACUCCGCGAAACACUGGCGGCAGUACCAGAGCGCGCUGUCGACGUUCUGGGGCAGCUGGGCAUUCCUGAUUGGCUCGGUCAUGCAGUGGUAUGAGGCGGUCAAUGCUGUGGAGCCCGUCGUUCCAGCCGAGGAGAAGGGGAAGACAGAAGACGGAGAACAGAAGACGGGCAGGACAGAUGGAUUCAUACGUGAGUUGCGGUCGCAACACGGCACGCCAUCACCGGCCCAUUUCCCCGUCCGCCUGCAGGUCCCCGGCCUGCAGCCUUAUCCGCUUCUCUUCCAGGCUAUAUAUGUAAGGUAUGACAUACAUCCGAAUCCCGAAGGGCGCUCGCAACUCCCAAGGCGGACUCAGCGUAGGAGCUCGAGCAUGGCUGCCCGCGACUUCUUCAAGCAUACUUGGCCGGCAUGGCUCUUGGCCAUGGUCUCCGCGGCCCUCCUGUACGGGGUGUGCUUCGAGACCCCCAACGGCGACAAGAGCAUGUACAUCGUCAAGCUCAAUGUGGACUACCCCCAAGAUGCAGUCUACCCCGACGUCCAUGGGCACGGCUGGAUAAACAUCCUGGGAUACUGCAGGAACUUCACUAACUGGCACCACUACAAAUUCUGCGAGGGCCCCAUGGUGGGGUUCAACUUGAAGAAUUCGGAGCUCGUGGACGGCGACAUAAGCAGGGGGGCCAGUGACUUCAAUAUUAUUCCCCAGCACAUGAUGUUCGUCCUGGGCGUCUUCCACGUCCUCGCCAUGGCCCUCGCGCCCAUCCCCGCGCUUGUCGGGUUCGCCGCCGGCCUGCGCGGCUCCUGCUUCGGGCUGGCGGCGGCGCCGUUCAAUGCCGUCGCCGCUGCGCUUGCGUCGGUAUUCCUCCUUGUCGCAAUGAUCUAUGAUUUCCUCAUGGUCAAGGAGGCGAAGAAGCACGCGGCGCAGUGGCAGAGCGCGACGGUCCACGCUCACCAGGGCGCCACGCCAUGGGUCGUGAUGCUUGCGUGGCUCAUGAUGAUGGCGGCCACUGUGCUGUUCUCGAGGGCAUGGUAUGUGAGCCGGAAGGCUAAGGCUCGAGCGCAGUCCGAGUCGGCGAGGGCGCUCACCCCGCCACAGACGGUCUACGCGGGUCCCUCAACCUCGGUUGCCCACGCCAUUGUGCUGCACCCCGCUGCGGACUUUAAGGGCGGUGACUUCAAGGUCGACUCGGAGCAGGGAUAUCUCCCAGAAUAUGAUGACAGUAAAGUCGCUGAAAAGGCCCAAAUGGCAGAAUUCGAGGACAAAGCUGAUCUCCAGAGGUUGUCCUCAGGCGACUCCAAAGCCAGUAGCAUCCACGAGCCUCUGCCUCGCUAUGAGGAGACUCCACUGGAGACGUCGGGCACGAUCUGAACCAUUUGGUAACGAAUUGACUGGUUUAUUCUGCUCAGGGCUCGAGGGACAAAGCAUGACGAAGUACGUAGAAAGAUCUAUCAUUGAAGGACAUUCUACUUGGUGCCCGGGCAUUCGUGCAUGGUUUGACCAUGUGUGAAUUCAUGUCGCGAUGCAUUCAGUUGUACCAGUAAUUGUGAUGUUCUUUGCUAUAUGCGCGUUUGAUGAAAAAGGUUAGGGAAGGUGAUUCUGUCGAAA